CGGCGGACGCCAUGGCGGUGGGCGGCGAGGCAGUGCAGAAGGCGCUGCAGACGGUGGCGGAGGGCACGGAGUGGACGUACAGCGUCCUCUGGAAGCUCUGCCCGCACCAGGGCGCGCUGGUGUGGGCGGAGGGCCACUACAACGGUGCCAUCAAGACGCGCAAGACGACGGUGGCGCCGGGCGGGAAUCAGGAGGAGGAGGACGCGGCGGCGGGGCGGCGCCGCAGCCGGCAGCUGCGGGAGCUCUACGACUCGCUGGCAGGGGACGCCGCCGCUGCUGGCGGCAGGGACGCCGUGGCUCGCCGGCCGAGCGCCGCGCUGGCGCCGGAGGACCUCACGGAGACGGAGUGGUUCUACCUCAUGUGCGCAUCCUACUGCUUCCCUCCUGGCAUCGGGUUGCCUGGGGAGGCAUUUGCAAGGAGAGGUUAUGUGUGGCUCUGUGGGGCAAACAAAGUUGACAGCAAAGUAUUUUCAAGAGCAAUUCUUGCCAGGAGUGCAGGUAUCGAGACAGUCGCCUGCAUUCCAGUUAAUGAUGAUGGUAUCCUGGAAAUUGGAACUACAGAGAAAGUAGCAGAAGACAGUGGUUUAAUUCAGUAUGCUAGGAGCAUCUUCAUGGAUCAGCAUGGCAUCCCCAUAAUGCCAACCCUCUCAGGCCAUUCAACUUCCACCCAAUCCACACACAUUAAUCAUCAGCCAUUCCAAAUAAAAAUGGAAAAAUACGCUGGCGGCAUAAAUGUGCAGCCAAAUACUCUCAAUACAGAAGACGAGCACAUCGAAACGGAAGAGGAAGAUGACAGAAUUGAUUCAGAGACCAAUACUGAAAAUGGUUCACGCCGGCAUCUGCCACCGGACAAUAUGGGCAAUGAGCAGGCAAGGCCCAAUGCACGGAGCAGUGAUCUGAUGCAGAUUGAGGCGUCGGAAAGCUUUAGGGAUGGUUGCACGAACCACGUGGAUGACGAGAUCUCAAUGCUUAUGAUUUGCCAGAACGCAGCACAAGAUCAAGCAGCACUAGCCGAAAACGCGCACUACAUCGAAACAGUCCUGACAAUCUUACGGCGCAACGCGUGUCGGCGAGCGCAAGCAGCCCCGAGCAUCAGAACCUACCUGGCACUCUCUAAGAACUCGUCGUUCUCAAGAUGGAACCCUAAAGGAACCAGUGAUCUCCAGCUGAUGUUGAUCUCUGACGAAGGCUCCCCACAGAGAAUGCUCAAGAGCAUCCUGUUCAUCGGUGCACCUGCUAGACACAGUCAUCACCAAAUGCUCAGAGGAGAGGUCCAGUCACCUGAGCCCAGCAGGGACGACGGCGAAGGUACCAGCCGAUCACGGAGAGGAGGACAGGGCCAGGCAGAGCUGAGCGCCAGCCAUGUUCUCAAGGAGCGGCAGAGGAGGGAGAAGCUCAACGAGAGGUUCGUCGUCCUGCGGUCACUGGUGCCGUUCGUCACCAAGAUGGACAGGGCGUCGAUCCUGGGCGACACGAUCGAGUACGUGAAGCAGCUGCGGAGACGCAUCCAGGACCUGGAGUCACGAGCCCGGCUACAGAUCGACGGCGGCUACCUGACGGCACCAGCCCCGAAGAGAGCUCAUCAGAGCGCAAGCUCGGCGGCGGCAAUGGCGGAGACGGGGAGCAACAAGAUGAGAGCCGUGGAAGCGAGCAGCAGCUGCAGCACCAGCGGCGGCGCGGUCAGGCCGGCGGCGUCGGCGGCGGCGAGCACGGAGGUGCAGGUGUCCAUCAUCGGGAGCGACGCGCUGGUGGAACUCCGGUGCCCGCGCAGGGACGGGCUCCUGCUCCGGGUCAUGCUGACGCUGCACCGGGAGCUCGGCCUGGAGGUGGCCUCCGUCCAGGCCUCGUCGGCCGGCGACGUCCUGCUCGUGGAGCUGCGCGCAAAGGUGAGGGAAGUGCAUGGGAGAAAGAGCAUCGACGAGGUGAAGAGAGCGAUCCAUCUAAUCAUCUUAUCUGACUGA